UCGUCGCCAUUACAGGAGAACAGCUACGGUACGCGGUAGCUGGAGGAGCGGCGCCGAGGAGCCCGCGCUGCCUGGGCGGCGCCGACCACCCUCACCGCAGCCAGUGCCGGGCCCCGCGGGGCUCCUCGUCCCGUUGCCACCCCGCCUCCCCUCCCCCGGAGCCCCGCAGGCCCGGCCCGGCCUCCCCCGGCUCUCUCUGUUUAAGCGGAGCAGCGAGAAGAUGUCGCCAUGAAGGAGGCCGAGUCAGCGCUGCGCCGCCCCUGUCGGUCCCCUUCGCGGGCCAUGAGCCUGGGCCCCCGUCGCCUCCCCCAGCGCCCGUCCUACCCCCUAGUCCAGAGCCGCUGCCGUCCACUCACCAGCGCCGUCGGGGCGCCCGUUGAUGCUGCAGAGCUCGCCCAGCGCGGCCCCCGCCUCAGCCUCCGACAUGGACAAGAGCAGCCCCUGCGGCUCCGGGAUCCCCGGCUCCUCGGCCGGCAGCAAAGGGCAGCAGACCCGCUCCGCCUCAGCCGGGCCGGCUGGGGGGGAAUCUAAGCCCAAAGGCGAUGGAAAGAAUUCAAGUGGAUCCAAACAACGUUACAAUCGUAAAAGAGAAACUUCAUAUUCAAAAAAUGAGAACUUUUCCAGCCAGUCCCGUCGCUCCAAUUCACAGAAAAGCAAAGCUUUUAACAAGAUGCCCCCUCAGAGAGGGGGCACUGGGGGAAGUUGCAAACUUUUUAGCUCUUGUAAUGGUGGAAGACGAGAUGAGGUAGCAGAGGUUCAACGGGCAGAGUUCAGCCCUGCCCAGUUCUCUGGUCCAAAGAAGAUUAGUCUGAACCACUUAUUGAACUUCACCUUUGAACCCCGUGGCCAAGGAGGUCACUUUGAUGGGAAUGGUCACAGCAACUGGGGGAAGAGGAACAAAUGGGGACACAAACCCUUCAACAAAGAGCUCUUCCUACAGGCCAACUGCCAGUUUGUGGUGUCUGAGGAGCAGGACUACACAGUGAACUUUGCUGAUCCAGAUACCUUGGUCAACUGGGACUUUGUGGAGCAAGUGCGAAUUUGUAGCCAUGAAGUGCCCUCUUGCCCAAUAUGCCUGUAUCCACCUACUGCAGCCAAGAUCACCCGGUGUGGGCAUAUUUUCUGCUGGGCAUGCAUUCUGCACUAUCUCUCCCUGAGUGAGAAAACCUGGAGCAAAUGUCCCAUCUGUUAUGGGUCUAUUCACAAGAAGGAUCUCAAGAGUGUUGUUGCUAUGGAAACACGCCAGUAUGCAAUUGGUGACACCAUUACAAUGCAGCUAAUGAGAAGGGAGAAAAGUGUUUUGGUAGCAUUGCCCAAAUCCAAGUGGAUGAAUGUAGAGCACCCCAUUCAUCUUGGAGAUGAGCAGCACAGCCAAUUCUCUAAGCUGCUGCUGGCAUCCAGGGAGCAAGUGCUGCAGUGGGUGAUAUUGGAAGAGAAAACAGCAUUACUACAACAGUACGAGGAGGAAAAGAACACCCCUGAGGCUUGCUUUAUUGAGGCAGCUAUCCAGGAACUGAAGCAUCGAGAGAGGGCUCUAACUUCACUGGACCAGAGUAGCGAUAGUGACGUCGCAGGAGCUACAGCAGCUGUAGAAGAAUUGGUCCUGAUGGAGCCCUCUGUGGCCAGGGAGCCUGCAGCUUCCCAGGAGAAAAAGCAGUGUGUUCUGGAAUAUCUUUCUGCAUUUGAUGAAGAGAUGGUGGUGGAAGCCCGCUCUGAUUCUGGAAGCUCCUUUCCUCUUCCCCUGGAAGCAGAAGAGGAGGAGGUACCUGAGGUGGACACUGAGGCGGUACCAGAUGUGAGUGCUACAAAAGAAACUAGUCCAUCAGAAAGUAACUACCAGGAAUCUAAAGUUACAGCCACCAGUGGACGUUUGAGCAACAACUCUCCUUUUUACUAUUUCUAUCAAGCGGAGGAUGGACAGUGUAUGUAUCUUCACCCUGUGAAUGUUCGCUGUCUUGUUCGUGAGUAUGGCAGCCUGGAGAACAGUCCAGAGAAGCUCACUGCAGCUGUGGUGGAGAUAACUGGCUACUCUAUGACAGAGGAUAUGCGACAGCGUCAUCGUUACCUGUGUCACUUGCCUCUCACUUGCGAGUUCAGCAUCUGUGAACUGGCUCUGAAGCCACCUGUUAUAUCAAAGGAGACCCUAGAGACAUUUUCUGAUGACAUUGAAAAGAGGAAACACCUGCGGCAGAAGAAAGCUCGUGAUGAGCGGCGUCGGGAACGCAGAAUUGAGAUGGAGGAGAAUAAGAAGCAGGGCAAGUAUCCUGAGGUCCACAUUGCUUUAGAGAACCUGCAGCAGUUUCCUGCCUUCAGUGCUUGCUCAGGAGAACUCAUCAGCAGUGAUAACCAGAGCUCCUCUUUGUCCAUUCUUGGCAGAAGCUCUGUCUCUCUCCCAGAGUCUGUCUCAACUCCAUUGUCAACUGCUGUCAGCCUGGCUAGCCCAUCACUCUGUAUCGGAAGCCUGGAAGAAGAGUCUCCCUUACCCUCCUUUGCCCAGAUGUUGAGAGUUGGAAAAGCAAAGCCAGAAAUGUGGCCCAAAGCUGCCUCAAACUCAAGAGAUCAGAAUACCCUGGCACCUCCUGUUCCAGUGGAUAGUGAUGGAGAGAGCGACAACUCUGACCGUAUGCCUGUGCCCAGCUUCCAGAAUUCCUUUAGCCAAGCUAUUGAGGCAGCCUUCCUGAAGUUGGACAAGCCGUCCACAUCUGACCCCCUCUCUGAGGAAAAGGGAGGCAAGAAAAGAAAGAAACAGAAGCAGAAGCUGCUAUUUAGCACCUCAGUUGUCCACACAAAGUGAUGCUGCUGUCCAAGAAAGUUCUGUCUCCUGGUUUUCAUUUGCUUUUUGUUUUGCUGCUAUAGUUUAAGUAUUUAAGCUUGAACAGACUAAAUCCAUGUUUCUAGGCCUGAGGGGGGAACCAUAGAUAUCCAUUUUUUUUCCCCAGCACCUUCAAUUGGCUUAUACAAAAUCAAAGUAUUAAGAGAAACUGGAACCUGGCACCCUUUAGCCAAGGUUUCCAGUCUGUGCCAAGUCAGCUCUUUUGGCCCAUCAGCAGUUUUAAUGUGUUUUACUGCUGUCUGUGGCACUACCAGUUUUUUGCAGUGUGGUGUGUCACUCAAAAGGCAGAGAGGCUCUACUCACUAUGAGUGUGUGUGUAUAGUGAGGAGACAGUACACAAGAUCUAGCAGUAGGUGCAGUUAGCUGUAAAGCAAAAUCCUUUUUUCUUAGCAAGUGCAGUUGCCUCCCACUGGAAACAGGCAUUACUGAAGAGCAUAGUAGGAAGGAGGGUUCUUACUUUUUAAAAUGACAGGAAUAGCAGUUACUUACUCCUUCUGGUGCCUAAGGAUUAGCUCUAGAGUGGGAAUAAAGUAGAUCCUCAUUACCAAGCUCAAAUUACAAUACAUACAGGACUCUCUGCAUUUCAGAAUGAAGGUUAGGGAAUGACUGUUAUAGUACAAGGCAGCUAUGUUGCUGUGUUAACAUGGAUGUAGUAAUAAGACUGACUUUAGCCAGCAUAGGUUAAAGAGAAUUUCUUUGCCUCCAUGAUCUGGAGCAAACAUUCCACCCUAUAGUCUAAAACUAUGCUAGGUGGGUUUUGAGAUCAGAUGAAUAAGUGAUAUCUAAAAUCUGCAGAAUUAUUAACCCCACAGCAGGGAGCCAGGCUGUCCUGUCCUGGGGAGGGGCAGGGGCCUCAUUCUGUUUUGUGCAGGGAUGCAAGUUGGAUUGUACUAGGCUCAUCUUACUAUAAACCUUCCCCCCCCCCCCAUUUUUUAUUGGAGCGGUCUCAUUCUGCACUGCCUGUGGUUUAAUUUGAAGCUAAUGCAUUAAUUGGUGUGGAUUUUCAUUAAAUAAAAUGAACAGUAGGUGUAAUGUACCAGCAAAGGCAAACAGUUGCAAUAAAUCAUAUGCACAAUUGGAAUUAUGGUGCUGGGGUUGGGGCAGGAGUUCUUCCUCUGCUGUACUCUACCCCAUUUGUUAAGGCUUGACUUGGAAAGGUUUUUAAUAUAACUUUUGCAGUUAAGCUGAGCAGCCACUACCUGAAAAAGAAGAUCCCCUUUACCAACUGGCUGUAAAGGGAAAGAAAGUAGCUGUACCCUUUAGCUUGCAGGCCUUCUUUAUAGGACAGCAGCUUUAAGUUCCUUAACUAUCAUGAAUACCAAGGUGCCUUACUUCUUUUUCAUGUGGAUAUACUGAAGGACUUACUAUGCAGUGAGCUUUCUCACCCUACAAAAAGGGGAAGAUAUUAGAUUAAUAUGCUAGAGAGGAGGUCUGGCCCCUUAUCAAAAGUCUAAGAAUUACACCUUGCCCCCUUAGUUCUUCCUUGGUAUCACAAUAUCCCUCUGCCAGACUUGUUUUUCUGAUAACAUAAGAAUGGCCAUACUAGGUCAGACCAAAAGCCCAUCUAGCCCCCUAUCCUAUCUUUUGACAGUAGCCAAUGCCACAUGCCCUCAGAGGGCAUGAACAGAACAGCUAAUCAAGUGAUCCAUUCCCAGCUUCUUGUAAACAGAAGCUAGGGCUAACAGCCAUUGAUGGACAUAGUCAUGGAGGAUUUUUUUUUUUUUUUUGGAACCUUGUUAUAGGCUUAGCCUUCACAACAUCCUCUGGCAAAGAGUUCCACAGGUUGACUAGGUGUUGUGUAGAAAUGCUUGGUUUUUAAACCUGCUGCCUAUUUCAUUUUGGUACACCCCUAGUUCUUAUUAGUAUAAAUAACACUGCCUUAUUACUUUCUUUACAUCAGUCAUUUAUAGGCCUCUAUCAUAUCUCCCCUUACAUAUCUUUCCUAAGGUGAAAAGUCACCAUGUUGUUAAUCUCCCAUCAUAUAGAAGCUAUUCUAUACCCCCUAAUAAUUUUGUUGCCCCAUUUCUAAAUUUUUUUUUGGAGAUGGGGCUAAAAGUAAACUUCUCUAUAAACCUUUCAGGCCUUCCUAAAGAAGCCACUGUCCAACCUAUCUCUUCCUUUGCAAUCCAUUUUAUUUAACAUGAACUAGGUGUGUCUGACAUAGGACAAACUGCUUUGUUUACACUAGGACUCAACUGAAAACAUGCCACUACUUGCUCUUGCAGCCAAGAGAAACUUCAACAGUCAGGUUGCAUGGAAUAAUUUGUUUAGAGAAGGUGCUGACAGCUCCCUGAAGCCUUGUCUAUACUACCUCUUCUACUUGAGGAGCUGAAUUAGUGCAAUGAUGGGAAAACUUUGGAAAAAAAAUCAGUAUAAAACUUUACACCA